AUGCAAUUUACCAUCGCUACCGUCCUCCUUGCCGGCGCGGCCCUCACCUCGGCUGCCGCCAUCCCCAACCCAGUUGCGGAGGCCUCCCCCAUGAAAACCAACACUGGUACUGUCACCCGCUGCGGAGUCAUUGGUAUGAGCUGCAAGCGUGAUGCGGAUGCCUCUCCAGUCGCAGAGGCCGAGCCACUGCAGACCAACACAGGCACUGUCACUCGCUGCGGAGUCAUCGGUAUGAGCUGCAAGCGUGAUGCCAACGGCGAGCUCAUCGAGGAGCGUGACGCUGCUCCAUCUCCAGUCGCCGAGGCCGAGCCACUGAAGACCAACACUGGCACUGUCACUCGCUGCGGCGUCAUCGGUAUGAGCUGCAAGCGGGACGCCAACGGCGAGCUCAUCGAGGAGCGUGACGCUGCCCCAUCUCCAGUCGCCGAGGCCGAGCCACUGCAGACCAACACAGGCACCGUUACCCGCUGCGGAGUGAUUGGCAUGAGCUGCAAGCGUGAUGCCAACGGCGAGAUUAUCCAGGAGGCCUAA